UUGUUUUUCCUAUAUAUAAAUAACAACUUCCUUAGUGCUCAACGAUCCUCAGAUCUCCUCCUUCUCUGCUUACACAUACUUUUUUUUCUCUCUGUGUGAAAAUGACUGACCUGAAGGCCAAAUUUUUGGAGGUGUACUCUGUUCUUAAAUCUGAUCUGCUAGAAGACCCGGCUUUUGAAUUUACAGAUGAUUCUCGUCAAUGGGUCGAGAAGAUGCUGGACUACAAUGUACCUGGAGGGAAGCUGAAUCGAGGACUAUCUGUUAUUGACAGCCUUAGUUUGUUGAAUGAUGGAAAAGAACUAUCCCCUGAUCAAAUCUUUAAAGCAUCUGCUCUUGGCUGGUGCAUUGAAUGGCUUCAAGCAUACUUCCUUGUUCUUGAUGAUAUAAUGGAUGGCUCUCAUACACGUCGAGGUCAACCAUGCUGGUACAAAUUAGAUAAGGUUGGGAUGAUUGCUAUCAAUGAUGGCAUACUUCUUCGCAACCACAUCACGAGAAUUCUGAAGAAGUACUUCAGGCCAGAGCCUUAUUAUGUUGAUCUUCUAGAUUUGUUUAAUGAGGUAGAGUUCCAGACUGCCUCUGGACAAAUGAUAGAUUUGAUCACAACACUUGCAGGAGAGAAAGAUUUAUCAAAGUACUCAUUGUCUAUUCAUCGCCGGAUUGUCCAGUAUAAAACUGCCUAUUAUUCAUUUUACCUCCCAGUGGCAUGUGCACUUCUUAUGGCAGGAGAGAAUCUUGACAACCAUGUUGAUGUCAAGAAAAUUCUUAUUGACAUGGGAAUCUACUUUCAAGUUCAGGAUGAUUAUCUGGACUGUUUUGCUGACCCAGAGGUGCUGGGCAAGAUUGGCACUGAUAUUCAAGACUUCAAGUGUUCUUGGUUGGUAGUUAAAGCUCUAGAACUCUGCAACGAGGAGCAAAAGAAGAUAUUAUUUGAGAACUAUGGAAAAGAUGACGCUGCUUGUAUUGCUAAAAUAAAGGCACUCUAUAAUGAUCUCAAACUUGAGGAAGUAUUUCUGGAUUACGAGAAGACGUCCUAUGAAAAGCUGACCAGCUCUAUUGCAGCUCAUCCAAGCAAAGCAGUGCAGGCAGUGCUAUUAUCAUUCUUGGGAAAGAUUUAUAAGAGACAGAAGUAGGAAAUAAAAUAAUUAAUGAACUUCAUUCUCUCAUUGGGAGUGAGAUGUCUGUAUUUCAUGCAUUUUUCUGCUUUUUUUCCCCUUCUACUUUAGCUUGAAGUACUGAUGAUGGAUUGUUAUUAUUUUCAAGAAAUGGAAACUCUUAUCCUUUUUCACCUUUAAUAAAUAGUAGAAAAGUCCAAUGAAAUCUUUCAGUAUUCUGCU